CUUACAAACAAGCAAGGCUGCGUUCGAGGCGAAGCAGAUCGAUCGUUUCGAAGAUCCUGACCAGCAACAGCCACUUUUCUCCUCCACUUUUCCCUCCCCUUGUCUUGUCCUGGCCCCUCGGGAUAAUAAUCCACGGCCGCUGCUGUAUUAAUUGAUACCUUAUGUCGCGACGACUCGCUUGACCGAGCUUCUUUCCUAUCUUGUUGGUUUGGUUUAUUUAUUUAUUCUCUGUGGGUUCCAUUCGUUGAGAAGCCAGGGCAGGGGUCAAUAACGGGCUUAUGAUGAACGCCUUACUGUGAUUAUUCUUAUUCUUGCUCUUAUUAUUUAUUCUUCGAGAACUCCACUCUCUCCUACUUCUGUACUGGAUAAACCUCCUCCUGUUCAGUCUUCACCUACGACCCCAAAAAUGAACAUCACCGGCCUUCAUGACAGUCUAUCCUCCUACGGGGAGUCGUCGUAUCUCCCUUCGACGGCUUUCGCCGGGCCAGCGAAGCUCGGUCUGGGGGACUACCAAACUGCCUCUGAGCCGGGGAACGAGGAGACACUACCGUACAACGCGCUCAACCCUGUCCACUCACGGAGCUCAGCCGUACCCGACGCAAAUGACCCCAUUGUGAUGUACCUCCUUACCGAGAACGCGAUAGGCGACAGUCGAAACUACGAGAUCCUAUCCAUAGACGAUGUCGAGAGUUUGAAGAAGGAACAUGUCUUCCUCACAAGCCGGGUGGAGUCGACGAGACGCAAAUUGGCGCUGGAGACAAAGCUGCGCGACGCCGCGCGGUCCCUCAGCAGAUUGCAUCAGCCGAAGUCGAUCCAUCAUAACGACCCGGGAUAUGAGAAUGGUGGCUCCCCGGGGUAUGACACGUCGGAAAGCACCGACGAGGAGCUCAACCUGAGCAUACGCAAAUGCGAAGACCUGGCCCAAGAACUGUCAAAACUGGAGCGCAGAAAACACGACACGCAUCAACGGCUGCUCGAACAUACGGCAGGAAUCCUGCAGUUGACACACAAGGGUUUGAAGAAGAAUCUCAAGAACGGCAUGCCUCGCACCCCCGAAAGCAUAUACAGCAACACUCGUGGCAGUGCUUACGGCUUUGACAACCGGAGUAUGUACAAAGCGCCAGAGAAUCUCGAAGACUUUGGACCCAAUAGCAAGAGAGCGUUGGAGAACUCCAGCAGUCUCAACUCUCUUCAAAGCACGGAACGGAGAUUGGAGGAACUAAGCGCGCGGGUGCGUGAUAUGGUCACCCAGGCCAACAGCCCGGAUGAAAUCCAGCUCUUCCCUCAGUCCUCUUCCAACGGCGGCCCCGUCAAUCCCACAGCGUCUAUUGAAGCGCAUUUAGCGUACAUCGAGAGUUGUCUAGCCUCGCUUAGCCCAUACCAGGCCGGGGGCGGUGGUUCCGACCCAAACAACAUUCCGCAUCAUACUGUGGAGGGGCUACAUGAGAUCAAUGCUCGGUUGCAUCAUGUGCUAGCAGAAUCGGGGUUGUCUCGCUCACCAACGAUACCCCCUCCGCCUGAACCUAUGGAAGGCGGCUUGCAGGAACAGCUCUCAUAUGCUAAUACCGGAGUUGACAGCCUUCAAAACCGGAUUGAUGGGCUUCUCGAACAAAAGAGCAUUCUGACCACACAAAUCCAGCAGCAGCGGGAGCUUAACUCCAAGUCUGAUGCGGAAAGAGAUGCGCACAUCGCAGACUUGGUUGAACAGCUGAGCCUUGCGCGUAAGGAUCUCGAACUCUCAGACAGGGAGCACCAGGCGACGAGAGACGAGCUCUCACUCGUAAUGGAACAAUUUGACUCCGUGCGACAAGAAAUGACCCUUGAAGACCAAAAACGCAGCAGCAAAGAUAGCAGUGCCCUGAACUCCGAGAGGGAAGCUCGUGCCAAGGCCGAGUCGGAUAUCUCUCGUUUGGAGUCGCUGCUCGAACAGUUGCAGGUCGAAACUCGUGCCCACACAGAAGAAGCCACCGAGGCCCGUGCUCGCGCGGAGGAAGAACUGGCGCACAUGGAAGCAACGUUGGAAGAGGUCCGCACAGAUGCAGAGUCUCGUGUGGUAGAAGCCACUGCAUUGAGAGCCGAGGCUGAAGAUGAAAUCUCCCGGUUACAGGCUGCCUUGGAGCAAGUCCAAUCCGAAAGUGACGCCCAGCUGAGGGAGGCUGUUGACGCGCGUGUUCGUGCGGAGCAAGAACUGGCGCACCUGGAAGCAACCCUGGAGGACGUUCGCGCACAUUCAGACUCUCACGCGGUGGAGGCCACUACAUUACAAGCUCAGGCCGAAGAGGUUUCUAGGUUACAAGCUGCCCUGGAGCAAGUCCACUCCGAGACUGACGCUCGGUUGAAGGAAGCCACCGAGGCCCGUGCUCGCGCGGAGGAAGAACUGGCGCACAUGGAAGCAACUUUGGAAGAGGUUCGCGCAGAUGCUGAUUCUCGCACGGUGGAAGCCACUACAUUGAGAGCUGAGGCGGAAGGCGAAGUUUCUCGGCUCCAGGCUGCCUUGGAGCAAGCUCACUCUGAGACUGAUGCCCAGUUGAAGGAGGCUCUUGAGGCGCGUGCUCGUGCAGAGCAAGAACUGGCUCAGAUGGAAGCAACUCUGGAAGAAGUUCGCGCAGACGCGGAUUCUCAUGCAGUAGAAGCCACUGCGUUGAGAGCUCAGGCUGAAGGCGAAGUCUCCCGGUUACAAGCUGCCUUGGAGCAAGCUCAGGCCGAGACUGGCGACCAGCUCAAGGAAGCUAUCGAAGCGCGUGACCUUGCUGAAGAGAAGGCCAACCGCCUGCAGGCGGAAUUAACCGAACUGGAGGGUGAAAUUGUGCGAGCUCAGACCGAACUCACGGUCGUCAAGGCAGAGCUUGAUGGCGCUUACGGCACCAGGGCCCAAAGAGCCGCCGAGGUCGCUGCCAACCCCGCCAUUCAGAUGGAGAUCGACUAUCUCAAUACAAGGAACCUCGAGCUCACCGAGGAGCUGGCUACGCUCAGAGGCCGAUCGGACGUUAACAGUGACCUUCAACAGCGAGUGGAGUUGCUUGAGAAAGAGCUCCGGGAAACGCUUGACGACUAUGAGGUGAUGACAAAGUCGAGCAUCGAAUUCGAGAAGGAGCGAGAAGGCUUUGAAAGCAUCAUCGACGGGCUUCGCGACCGCUGCGAAAGCCUGGAGACACAGCUUAGCGAGGAACGCAUCAAUGGCAUGGGUCUGCACAGUCCUGCUACGUCUGUCGGUCGAGAUGGACCUUCCGAAACAACGUCCACCAUGGUUCUUAAGAACGAGUUCAAGAAGAUGAUGCGCGACACUCGUUCCGAGAACAUAAGGAUACUAAAGAACGUCGACGACUCGAGGCAUUGGUUCGCAGUCUGAAACGAGAGCAAUCUCUCAAAUCACCCAUCCAAAGCAUCACGAUUCUGUGAUAAUGAUUACGAUAAAAAAACAUUAGAUUCUCAUUUCUUUCUCUGAUUUGACUUUCUUUCAACUGUCGACUAUUUUCUUGCCUUCCCCCAAUUUUCGGCUGUAUUCUAUACGGAUAUCCCUUUUAUCCCU